AUGGCAACCAACCCCCCAACAGGCUCUCCAAACAAGGCGUCCCGGCCUGCCGCUGCCGCACGCCUCACUAACAUUGAGAUUCCGGCCAUGCCCACCGGUCUGCCCAGCCUUGGUAGUCCAGGUACUUACCCAACUCUCAGCCCAACAAGCCCGCUGUAUCGCAACGAUCUCUCGCCAGGACCAGGCACUCCUGGAAGCGUUCCUGGAAGCCCAUCUCUCGCCGGGAGCAAGUACACUGCUGCGAGUGGGCCCAAGAUCGGCAGCUACACCGAGGAAGAGGCUCAGAUCGCCGAUGAGAUCAUGACCACGUACAAGCGCCUGAUUGGUGAUGUGAUUCAGAAGUAUGGCGAGGAUCUCAAGCCAACCAAGCUGACGGCGACUGCUGGAGAGCCAAUGUACAAUCAAGCCGACGCCUUCAAGACUCGUCUCAUCGCUGCCGCUCCAGACGAUGGCGCUACGGAGGGCAUGCAGAAGCUGUUCGAUGGACUUUCGAAGACUGCCGUGAACAUCUUCUACCAGAACGUCGUCAAGGCUGCGAUUCCCAACGGACCGAAGAAGAAGACGACGAAGACUCCUGCCAAGAAGACUGCCGCUGCCGCCACUGACUCCGCCGCCGCCGCUCCAUCUCCCGCCGGAACCGAUCCCAACGCUGAAUCUACUGUGGAGGACGGCGAUAGCAGCAUCAUCGCCAUUGUCAUGACAGAGCCAAUGCGUUCCAUUCUCAUCGACCAGUUCAAUGUCUUUCUCAAGGACACCUUGGCUGGGGAAGCGCCGUCUGGGGCAAAGGCCAAGGGUGGCAAGCAGGCGAGAGACUUCACCAAGGUCGUCGUCGACGAGAGUGCUUCUCUGGCGAAUGAGGCGGAGGCUGGUGACAAGACCGUGGAGCUCGGUACGGAGCUGAAGAAGUUGGGAGUCGAUGGGAAGUUGAGCCUGUGGAAGGAUCUCAUGGCAGCCACCAACACCGCCCCGAAACCUGGCCGCAAGGGCAACAAGCGCACUGGUGGUGGUGACGACGGCGACGACGACGAGGGUGGCAGCCCGACCAAGAAGCACCGCGGCACUGGCAGGUAG